AAAGGUUUUGAAUAAGAAUGUCAAACUUAAUCAUUACUAUUUUAUGGGAAGCGUAAUUGGUGUUAAAAUUUAGCUAGUAAACCUCACAGCAUUUACCUUCAUUUGCCCUGAUAGUAACAAAUCGUAUGUAAGGAUUAUAAAGAAAGUUCGCCUUAAGAGACUGUUUCAUUUCAUAUAGGCCUACUACGUAAAGUUAAGGUUAAGGUGAUUUCAACGAAAUAAUUAUAGGUUUUCAACAAAACAAAAUUCAGUAAUAUUUCUAUUAUCUUCAUGCAAGUUUAGAAGUUUUCAUUGUAUAGACGUAAAUAUUACCAAUCGUUAGCACACUUCACUUAUAUUUAUCUACAGUAUACCAUUUAAAUAAAGUAAUGGAGGAGCACAUACUAUAACUGUUCUAUAAAUCUCCUUUCAGAUUUAAUAAUCAUGGCGGCACCACCCAUCCUUCCCCCUGGAGGACUCCUUGAAAUCGUCUUCUCCUUUGAUACUACUGGAUCCAUGUCCUCCAUACUUGAGGAGGUACAGGGAAGGCUACAGGACAUGAUUCAGCACCUCCAGGCGGAUAUUCCCGGCAUCAGAAUUGGUGUCAUAGCCCAUGGCGAUUACUGUGACGACAAAGUCUUCUACUUGACCAAGGAACUUGACCUCUGUACAAACGUUGUAGAACUUUGUAACUUCGUGAAGGGUGUGGAAGGAACUGGUGGCGGAGAUGAAGACGAAUGUUAUGAAUUAAUUCUCCGAAUGGUCCGACAAAAUUUCUCAUGGACACCAACAUCACAGAAAAUCCUGGUCAUGAUUGGAGACGCCAAACCCCAUGAACCUGAAUAUGAACUGAAUGUUGAUAACAUUGACUGGAGAGCAGAAGUCAAUGAUCUUCACAAUAUGGGUGUGAAAAUAUAUGGUGUCCAGGUGUUUGAACACCAAGAUGUUGAGGACUUCUACAAGACGAUUUCCACAAACACAGAAGGACAUUUUCUCAAACUGAGCGAAUUUUCCAACAUCUGUGACUUCCUCAUGGCUAUCUGUUAUCGGGAGAGGGGCGAAGAUCUAUUUUCUGGCUACGAAGCCGAGGUCCGAGGUCGAUAUGGGUCAGGUGGUAUUAACAGAGACCUAGAGGGAUUAUUUGGAACUCUGAGGAAGGCCGAUUCUGGUACAAGUGACAUUCACCCAGCCCCGCCACUUAUUUCACCAAUGUCAUCUACAACAACGACUGUUAUAAUGCCAACACCAAAGGUGACUCCUAUGAGGCCAAGGAUGAAUCCUAAGCGAAGGAACGCCACUGUCAGCAAUAUUAAGAACAAACUCAAGAACAAUGGUGAUGAUGCUGAUAUGAUUCCGAGAGAGAAAACAACGAAUAAAGCCUUCACGUGCAACUGUUUAAAUUGGUCGUCAUGGCGACUGGCGUACAUUCCAACAGACGUGAAUGAAGAAAAGACAAAACGUGGAUUCAGGCGGAACUUCAAGGGAGCAUGCCAUAGGCGUGUCCAAUUAUUCAGAGACAAUUACAAAUCAGCCCUCUAUGAGGUAGCAGUACAAACAAAGGCACGUGGAAAACGCCACGUGAUGUUCUCCAAGGUCAUUUCCAGUACUAUUGACAAUCGUGAAUGGGAAUACAAUCUUCUGUUUGGAGCGAAACAACGACUUCGCAGACAAAUAAAAAGUGUUGUCGAACAAGGCUGCAAAGUAUUUGUAAGAAGGGCAGUCCUGAGUAAGAAAUCCCUUGCUGAAGUGGACACUUUGGACAAAUAUAGUUACGCAUGGAACCUUCAAAAAGACACUCGUCAACACAGACGUGUCGUGAGAGACUUUUUAGUUAUUUCCGGUGAAUGUAUGGAGGAAUGAAUUUAAGAUUUGUGACACUCAUACUUAAGUGAUGAAAUAAGAAAUAUAUGAACAGCAUGUGAUAUCGAAGUAAAUUGCCAUUUCAUUAAUUUGAUUGCCCUUUCAUUUGUAUUUUGUAUUUGUUAUAUAAAUGUGUCAUAUGUAUGUAUUGUUCGUAUUACUCUUUACCUAUCUUGUUAUUGUUGUGUUUGAAAUAAACAUUAAUAUUGA